UGGAUUGACGCAAUUCACUUCAUGGCUAUCGCCGUUGACCAUCCGCUCAGUCAAAUCUAUUCACUCUCACCGUCAACGUGAAACCGUCUUAAAACCUACUUUAUUUUUUUCUCUUGUCUACCUACUUCUCUGCCUUCCCUUUAUAGCGCCUACAUCGAUCGUUCAAAUCCAAGAUGCCUGGAUUUAGGCACAUGAGUGUACAAAAUGGGUCUGCGGAUCGUCCGAUAGACCUUGACGACGUCACUGCAACAGCACAGGCAUUUACAGGCCUCGAACUUUGUGACGACCUGGGAGACGAACUUGAAGACACCCACUUCAGCGCGAACGUACCACAAACGGUCCAACGCAAUGGACCAAUCCAAUAUCCCAAGAUCAGCAUUACAAAUUUCCGGUUAGACAACGGGGAAAUUGUGGUAGUCAAUGAUUGCGUUGAAUUUCAGAGAAUGGAUAGUUCCGAUUCAGUUAACGAGUCAGACUUCCUCAAGAUUCAUGACAUCGUAUUUGAUACCACAGAAUCUGAUGGAGGGGCACCGCCGAUUGUCUUCUUCCGUGGUUUAAGAUUCCGUAGGUCGAAGCACUAUCGUGGAAUCGUGACCACAGCAUGGCUGAAUGAGGUGUUUUGUGAUAUGGACAUUGAUAUUAAUGAUCCAAGGCCUGAGGAGGUCCAGGGCCAAAUUGAGGUGGACGCCCGGACCGUAAUGAAGAAGAGAGAUUUGGUCAUCACAACACGACCAUAUCCCUUGGAGUCGUGGAGGCAUGGUGACGAUGCCGUAUAUUACAGAAAGAAUAACAAUGACGAUCGCCAUUACAUAACGCAUUUCGCCAGACUUACUGCGCGAUUUACCAGAAUAAAUCUUUACAAGAACGCUUCACAGCGUCAAGUCCAGUCCGUAAGGCCUUUAGGUGGAUCCUUUCGAUCCAUUCUAGAAAUAGCACGUACAAUCGUCUCCCAAAGAUCAAGCUACAUCUUUCUCGACGUCUUUUGUGGUGCUGGAGGUGCAUCAGCCGGAGCAAGAGCAGCCGGGUACACUAUCAUGGGUGGCGUUGACAUUGAUGCAACGAAGAUUGAGAGCUUCAAAGCAAACUUCCCAAGUAGUCAGCACUACUGUAUGGACGUUUCUGAGUUCAUUCAACGGUUCGCCGAACAACACAAAGGGCAAAUCGACCACGUCCACAUGAGCCCGCCAUGCCAGUACUUUAGCCCGGCGCACACUAGAGAGGGACGUCAUGAUGACAAAAAUACCGCAGCAAUAUUCUCCGUCGGUAUGCUUAUCAAAGCGAUUGAACCUCGUAUCGUGACCCUCGAGGAAACAGCUGGGCUGAUGAAUCGGCACCUUGACUAUUUCAAAAGCCUUGUGGCGCAGAUACAUGACAGUGGGUACGAUGUGCAGUGGAGAAGGGAAAACCUGGCAGAAUUUGGACUUCCUCAGCAAUCGCGACCUAGAUUAUUGAUGGUGGCUGUUAAGCAUGGCGCCACGAUGCCAUCGUGGCCAGCACCGACACACGGAGAAGCAGGCAGUGGCCUUCGGACGCUCGUUUCUAUCGAUCAAGCAAUACGGGGCAUCCCCCGCGGAGAUUCACUCUCGACCCACGAACCAGCCAGGAAUAUGCCAGUUGCUGAUAGAUCGCGAGGGCUCCGUUCAUGUAUGACGACUAGUGGGCCAGACGCAAACUACGACCAGCACAGACAGUUCACUAUCCGGGAAGCAGCGUGCCUCCAAGGUUUCCCAAUGAGACAUCAGUUCGCUGGCUCUAAGACGGAAAUUCGAGUACAAAUAGGUAAUGCGUUCCCGCCAGUUGCUGCAAAGGCUCUGUUCCUCGCAUGUAUAGGGGUAUUGAAGAGCCGUCCGGACGAGGAGCCGGCCGCGUGCUUAGGCGGACGAAAUGUCAUUGACUUGACCUCCGAUGACGAAAAUACUUCGCCCAAGAAGAAACGCUGUCUGCCAGUCACUCCGCAUAGGGGAAAUGCUUCUUCCAGCCAGUUGAUGCGUGGGCAUGAUCAGGAUCAUUUCCACAUUUCUCCUCCACACAGACCUGAGUCUGCACCCCUGGAUCGCACAAGAACAAAGAGGACAGGGGCUAAGCUAUCUGAUGCUAUAAUCAUAGGCUAUGAUUAAGGCGAUGUUGUUAGUUCAGAACGUCAUAUAUACUGCUACAAA